CUCCUCCUGCUCGCCCGCCCCUGCCCUGCCCGCCCGCCCCCGCCACAGCUCCUUUAAUACACUUUGGUUCUCCGCCUGGCUUUGGACUCUUCUCCUCCUCCUCCUCCUCCACCUCCUCCUCCUCCUCUUCCUCCUCCUCCUCCUCCCGCGCCGCCUCCUCCUCCUCCGCCGCUGCCGCCUCCUCCUCCUCCACCUCCUCCUCCUCCUCCUCCUCCACCUCCUCCUCCUCCACCUCCUCCUCCUCCUCCUCCUCCUCUUCCUCUCCGCGCCUUCGCUCCGCGCCCGGCCGCCCGAGGCAGAUCCAGGAGGCGGCGGAGGCGGCGGGCGCAGGAGCGCGGCUCCCGGGGCUGCAGCCGCCACCGCCAGCGCCGCCUGCGCUCGGGGCCGGUGGCCGCGGCCGUCGUCGCCGCCGCGCGCGGCGAGCAGCGGGAGCGGGAGCUGUGAGCGGACGCGGGGCUCGCCGGAGCCGGCGGGGCGGGCGGACGCGGGCUGGCCAUGCUCCUGGACGCGGGGCCGCAGUUCCCGGCCAUCGGGGUGGGCAGCUUCGCGCGCCACCAUCACCACUCGGCCGCGGCGGCGGCGGCUGCCGCCGCCGAGAUGCAGGACCGGGAGCUGAGCCUGGCGGCGGCGCAGAACGGCUUCGUGGACUCGGCCGCCGCGCACAUGGGCGCCUUCAAACUCAACCCGGGCGCGCACGAGCUGUCCCCCGGCCAGAGCUCGGCGUUCACGUCUCAGGGCCCCGGCGCCUACCCGGGCUCCGCGGCCGCCGCCGCCGCUGCCGCCGCGCUCGGCCCCCACGCCGCGCACGUCGGCUCCUACUCCGGGCCGCCCUUCAACUCCACCCGGGACUUCCUUUUCCGCAGCCGCGGCUUCGGGGACUCGGCGCCAGGCGGCGGGCAGCACGGCCUCUUCGGGCCCGGGGCCGGCGGCCUGCACCAUGCGCACUCGGACGCGCAGGGCCACCUCCUGUUUCCCGGCCUCCCCGAGCAGCACGGGCCGCACGGGUCGCAGAAUGUGCUCAACGGGCAGAUGCGCCUGGGGCUGCCCGGAGAGGUGUUCGGGCGCUCGGAGCAGUACCGCCAGGUGGCCAGCCCGCGGACCGACCCCUACUCGGCGGCUCAGCUCCACAACCAGUACGGCCCCAUGAAUAUGAACAUGGGGAUGAACAUGGCAGCGGCCGCGGCCCAUCACCACCACCACCACCACCACCCGGGUGCCUUUUUCCGUUACAUGCGGCAGCAGUGCAUCAAGCAGGAGCUCAUCUGCAAGUGGAUCGACCCCGAGCAGCUGAGCAACCCGAAGAAGAGCUGCAACAAAACUUUCAGCACCAUGCACGAGCUGGUCACGCACGUCUCCGUGGAGCACGUCGGCGGCCCCGAGCAGAGCAACCACGUCUGCUUCUGGGAGGAGUGUCCGCGCGAGGGCAAGCCCUUCAAGGCCAAAUACAAACUGGUCAACCACAUCCGCGUGCACACGGGCGAGAAACCCUUUCCCUGCCCGUUCCCGGGCUGCGGAAAGGUCUUCGCGCGCUCCGAGAACCUCAAGAUCCACAAAAGGACCCACACAGGGGAGAAGCCGUUCCAGUGCGAGUUCGAGGGCUGUGACCGGCGCUUCGCCAACAGCAGCGACCGGAAGAAGCACAUGCACGUGCACACGUCGGACAAGCCCUACCUGUGCAAGAUGUGCGACAAGUCCUACACGCACCCCAGCUCGCUGCGCAAGCACAUGAAGGUCCAUGAGUCCUCCCCGCAGGGCUCCGAGUCCUCCCCGGCCGCCAGCUCCGGCUACGAGUCGUCCACGCCGCCGGGGCUCGUGUCUCCCAGCGCCGAGCCCCAGAGCAGCUCCAACCUGUCCCCGGCCGCGGCGGCGGCGGCGGCGGCAGCGGCGGCGGCGGCCGCGGCGGUGUCGGCCGUGCACCGGGGCGGCGGCGGCGGCGCGGGCAGCGGCGGGGCGGGCGGCGGCUCCGGGGCGGGCUCCGGCGGGGGCGGCAGCGGCGGGGCGGGCGGCGGGGGCGGCGGCGGCUCCGGCGGGGGCAGCGGCGCGGCCGGGGGCCACAGCGGCCUCUCGUCCAACUUCAAUGAAUGGUACGUGUGAGGGGCCCCGCGGGAAGGGGGGGUCCCCGCUCGCCCGCGCCGCCCCCGCCGCCCGCUCGCCCGCCCGCCCAGCGCGCUGGGUGGGCUCGCGCCGCGAAAAUUGUGAUUCUUAUGAAGAUGAAAUCGACUUUACCAGCAGAAAGAUUUUUAAAAGUUUUUUGUUUCUUUUUUUUUCCAAAAAAAAAAAAACACAAAACAAAUAAUCUAAGCAUGAAACACAAAAAAAUAUCCCUUCCGGAGCCCUUGAAGCUGAAAAUAUAAGCUAGGAAAUUUUAAGAAAAUUGCAAAAAAAAAAAAAUCGCACCAGCCCCCCCACCUCCUCACCCCGGCCCCCUCCCCGCCUUCCUUCCCACCGCCUGCCUUCCCAGUCUGAUGACAAACUGUACAUAACAUCCCUCCCCUCCCUCUCGACGUUCUCGGUGUAGAGGUUUGUCCUUGUGUAAGUCUCCGGGUCCCUCUGCCUCCUUCCCCCCAAGUGACGGGCCUUUUCUUUUUCUCUUUUUUUAGUUGAGUCGGUUUCUCUUUAAUGUGGAGGAAAAUGAUUUCUUUUGUAUUGUGGUAUUGAAUAUUGUGUUCUUUUUUUUAUGAGGCAAACUUGAUUGUAAACUCCAUGCAACUAGAGACUGGAAAAAAAAACGAAAACCCAUGAGCCGUGCCAAAGUCUCCCAUUCCGUUUCUGCAAACGCGACCGCAGCACACAGCCCCGCCCCCCCCACCCCCACCACCAACGCUUGUGAAUGUAUUUUUCUGUUAGCUGGGUUUACAUGUGAUGUUUUAGCGCUUUUGCAAGUUCAAUUUGUUAGUUCCUGUAUGAAAGAUUGUGGGGGAAAAUAAACGUCGUGCCGUUAGCUUUUUUUUUUUUUUCGUAAUACCACCCUUCUGUAAAUACCCGUUGCCAUAUUUAUCCAUUUGUAAUUAAAUUAUGGUAUUAACUUGCUACAGAGGAAACAAUAUUUAUAAAGAAUGUUUCUUAACUAUAAAUAUGUACAAUUGUGGGCAUAAACUGUUUCAGAUUUUUUAUUUGAAGGUUUUAAGUGGUUUGAUCAUUUCUUGUGAUAUGUUUUGAGAGUAAUGCAUACAGAAAUAUAAUAAAAUGUGUUGAAACUGCAUGAACAUA